UAAAUUUCAAUUUAAAAUGACAGCAAUUUUAGGUGGAGGAAUAUCGGGCUUAAGUGCAGCAUAUUAUUGUCUUGAAAAUUCAAAAAUUGGGUCUGUUGCUCUUUAUGAAUCAUCAAAGCAUCUUGGAGGAUGGAUUAAAAGUAUAACAACACCUAGUGGAGUAAUAUUUGAAAAAGGUCCACGAACUAUUCGAUUAGGAAAUAAAGCAGCGCAAAAUACUUUAAUGUUAAUUGAAAAACUAAAUUUAAAUUCUAAAAUUAUACCAAUUAAAUGGAACCAUCCAGCAUAUUCUAAUAGAUUAAUUUAUGCAAAUGAAACAUUACAUGUUUUACCAAAUAAUGUUACAAACUUAUUUAAAAUUCAGGAACCAUUUAAUCGACGUUUAAUUUCAAUAGCAUGGAAUGAAGUUAGAGUUCCAAAAGAAAUAAAUGAAGAUGAGAGUAUAUAUAGUUUUACAGAAAGAAGAUUAGGAAAAGAUGUUGCUGAUUUUUUAAUUAGUCCACUUAUUUCUGGAAUUUGUGCAGGAAAUGCUAAAGAAAUAAGUGUAAAAUUUUUAAUGAAAAAUGGUUUUGAAUACGAACAAAAAUACGGUUCAAUAACGAAAGGUAUUGUUUUAAACUUAAUGAGGCAUCUUUUGUCAAAUUUUAAAACAAAUAGUCAUAAAGAGAAAGAAUUGACAACUGAUUUAAUUAAUAGAGCUAAAGUUGAAAAAUGGUUUGCAUGGGGCCUACAUGGUGGACUUGAACAAUUACCCAUAGCUUUAAAAAAUAACUUAAACUCUAAUUCUAAUAUUAAAAUUUAUAAGAACACACCAUGUGAACAAUUGACUUUUAAACCGGGUGUGGCAGAAUUAUUAACUAAUGGUAAAGUUGAAAAAUAUUGCAAAGUAAUUUCUAGCAUUUCAGCAAAAAGUCUUGCUCCAUUGUUAGAAAAACAGCAUCCACAAUUGGCGCAAGAAAUUAAAACAAUACCAUUUGUAACUGUAGCUGUUGUUAAUCUCCGUUAUUCUGAAAAUAUUUUACCACUUGAAGCUUUUGGAUUGCUUGUACCACCAAAUGAAAACUUACCAAUAUUGGGAAUUGUGUUUGAUUCUAGUAUAUUUAAAAAGGAUUCGAGCACGGUACUGACAGUUAUGAUGGGAGGUGUAUGGUUUGAUAAAUACUUUGGUGAUAAUCCAACAAAUGAACACUUCUUGUCGACAGCAGUGAAUCAAACAAAAAGUAUACUUAAUAUGAAAAAGGAUCCAGUAGAGUAUGAUGUAACUGUGUUGAAGGACUGCAUCCCACAAUAUGUUGUUGGUCAUUAUCAAAAAGUACAACGGAUUCAAAACUAUAUAUCAGCACAUAAAAUACCCUUGGCACUUUGUGGUUCAUCAUUUGAUGGAAUUGGUUUGAAUGAUGUUAUUCUGUCGGCAAAAAAGGCCGUUUCUCACAUUGCUUAGUGAUUUGGCCUUUUACUUAAAGCUCAGGUUCCAUGCUCACAUGCAUUAUGUAACAUGAUGUCUUGCAAAUAAUUAUUCUAAGCUUAAAACAAUGGAAAUAAAUUUCUGGGCAAACCUCUUUU